AAUAUAGAAUAUUAAGAAUAGGACAAAUGAUAAAUGAUUUAUAUGGCGUAUAUAUUGGUUUAAUGCUUCCUUGUACCCAUGUUUAUAUGUUUAAAUAAUAAUAAUAAUAAUUAAAUGAAUAAUAAGUUUACAUUGAUUCUAUUCACUGAUUUUACAGGGAUUAUUUCUGUGUAAGAGAGAUAAAGAGGGAGAAAGAUAGAGAAAAGAAACAUAAAACAAAAACAAAACACAAAAAAAAGGAACACAAUCUUGACAAAUCAAUAUUAUGUUUAUUAUCAUUUAUAUUUGUCUAUUCUAUUUAUUUAUGAAUGGAUUAUUCGUAUCAAAUUAUCCAAUUAAUUAUGUACCAUCAAUAAUGUGGAAACCUGAUUGUAUUCCAAUUAAUUUACCAAUAUAUAAUAGUCAAGAAGCAAAAAAUCCAUUGAAUAAUGAAGAAUAUUCAUUAUCAUAUGAUUUAAAGGAUAAAAGUUUAAAAAAAUAUAGUUUAGAUAUGGAUGAUGAAUAUUCUAUACCGGAAUUACCUAAAUUAGCUGUGAAAUAUUAUGAUAAUUAUGAUGAUGAUGAUAAUUCCUAUAACCAUGAAAAUAAUGAUGAUGUUAUCAUACAUUUCGAUAGUGAAAAUAACAAUAAUAAGAAAGAUAAUAAUAAUAAUAAUAAUAAUAAUAAUAAUAAUAAUAAUCUUAUUCAUUAUUAUUACUUUCAUCAAUAUAAUAAACAUCGAAAACAAAUGGAUAAUUCAGUUAAGUCUCAUGAUAAAUCAUCUCCCAAAUCUAGACUUCUCUAUGGAACAAGUAUAAUGCCAACAGUUUCUGUACCAGUUUCAGUUCCAGUAUAUGCACAAAUCCCAGUUUCAGUGCCUGUAGCACAACCAAUUGUGAGCCAUUCUUAUGGUAUUAGUGGACAUACAUAUAUACAACCUCAACAUCCAUUUGGAUUUCCAUAUGGUGGUCAUUAUGCUGUGGGACCUAGUAUGAUACCUCAUCAACCAAUAAUAUCACAACAACCAAUAAUACCACAACAACCAAUAAUACCACAACAACCAAUAAUACCACAACAACCAAUAGUACCACAACAACUAAUAGUACCACGGCAACCAUUAGUACCACAACAACCAUUAGUACCACAACAACCAAUAGUACCACAACAACCAAUAGUACCACAACAACCGAUAGUUCCACAACAACCACCUCCAACUGCCCCAGUAUUACCACCUACAAUACCUCAGCAGCAACCACCUGCAGCAACUCCACAACAACCACCUGAAGUAAGCUCACAACCACCACCUGCAGUAAGUCCACAACAACCACCUCCAGUAAGUUCACAAAAACCACCUCCAGUAACUCUACAAACGUCACCUGAAAUACCAGCAUUUCCGUUCUCUAGUUCAUCGGCUGGACAAACUCAAACACAGAGUCAAAUAAGUGUAAAACCCCAAGUACCACCACUUCAAAUUGAACAAUUACAGUUGAAUCAACAACAACAACAAGUGUUACCAAUUCCACAACAAAAACCACAAAUUACAGUUAAACACAUUAUAACUCCACAAAACAUAAAAGUAUUCAUUCAAAGUCCAAAAAUUAGACCCAGGUUUAUCAAACGAUAUUUUUAUUAUUAAAGUUUAAAUAUUAAUGAUCAUGAUAAUAAUAAUUAUUAUUACUAUUACCAUUA